AACCACAUGGAAGGAAAAAUGAGGGAAAGCGAGUAGCCACGUGGCUGGAGACGAAGAUGGCCGCUCGCAUGGAUACCCCUUCCCAGUCGUCUCUCGCCAGAUUGCGGCUGACUUUCAUCUUCAUUCUCGUACAAUAUGUUUUUUCGACCUACGGGGAGGCGUUGGACUUCGACGAAGCGCCGGGUAUUGCAAUGGAGUAUCGGGUUCACGUAGACGCCGGCAAGGAGGACUGCUACUAUCAAUACGUUCAUCCUGGAGCUUCCCUUUACAUCAGUUUAUGGGUCGUGAGAGGAGGGGACGGGAUGGCAGGCUUCGCGGUCCGCCACCCCAAGGGCCACCACGUCCAGCCCUAUCAGUGGAAGUCCGAGACGGAAUACGAGGAGGAGAAGUCCGAAGGAGGUUUCUACGAACUAUGCAUCGACAACCAGUUCUCCCGCUUUGCGGACAAACUCGUCAACCUCUACCUCACCACUUUCAGGCAAGUGCCAGGACCCAACUCGCAUGACAAGUGGGAAAAGUACACCCAGGACCUCCAGGCAUUGGAUGUGGAUGUGGCUAAUUUCACAAACAUGAUCCAUGGAGUUGAUCAGAGGAUCCAGUCAAUGAGCAAAUAUCAGCAGAUGGCCCGGAACACUGAAUCGCGUGACAUGGGGCUGAUACAGAGCAACCAGUCGUACGUGCAGUAUUGGUCGCUCACGCAAUGCAUCGUCGUCCUUGCCACGGGCACUGUUCAGGUUCUGUUCCUCAGGAAACUCUUCGAAACAGGAAACACA